AUCUAAACCUAUACAAAAGAGAAAAGAUGGAAUAUCUAGAGGGAAGGGAAGGCCGACCGACGCCGGAGAAGCCGACGCCGGCCGGAAACGGUGGAGAUUACGAAGAGUUGUGUUGGAUCGCUUGGAAAUCGCUCGGGAGAGAAAACAUUCUCUUUUUGCGUUGGGUCUUUCUUGUUCGUGAGGAGGAGGGUGAAGUUUCUGUCCUUGGAGCGGCUUCUUUGCUCGAGUUUUGCGGCGGCUCUCUCCCAAGUGGACUGUGGAGUCGUUUCUGGUUUGGUUUGGCUGCUGUUAUGCUUCUCUUGCGAGGCUUGGUGGCGUUUCCGGUCAGUUCGUGGUGCGAGGUGGAUCUGAAUUGUCCUAUCGGAUCUGGUUCUUUCACCUACUCGGGUAUGUUGCUCUGGUUUGCGGGUUCUUCUCCGGAUUGAUUUGGAAUUUUAGGAAUCUUCUUUUUGUGAGAUCUUUGUCUGUUCUGUGGUUGGUCUUGUUUGAGUGAAGUUUCUGUUCUAGCCAUUUGUUUGCUGGUCGUGGUGUUGUGUUUUGCAUCGAAUGUCCUGGAAAAUCUCUCCUUGUGACGAGACGGACUCGAUGCUAUUUGCCAUGGCUCUUGGCUCAAUUUCCUUGGUUGGUUCUUCUGUCUCAUUAAGAUUUGCUUCUUUUUGGAGUAUGUGGGUCGCUUUUUUGCCAUCAUUUGCGGUAUCUCGUCCAGUUAUGAGGUAAUCGUCUUCUCGGGGUUGGAUUGGAACGUUUAAUACUAUCCAGAGCUCUAUCAAUUCUUUCAGCUGAGAGAAGAGCUAUUCAUUGGGUUUUGAUUCGGUUCCUCGCCACAAGAUAAUAAGGCAUUUGUGCGUGG